AUGCAGGCCCCUCGUGCUACGACAACUUCUCCAGGUGUCACAGCUGUCAACAAUACCUCUAGCAACCCUCUUGAUACGAUUCAAGGCUUAACGCGAUAUGAGAAAGACGCCGACGAGGAAGCUUCUCUCUACUUUGAGGACAUCAUGCAGCGACUGAAAGGUCCACUGCUGGAUAGCCUACGCAAAUCUAAGAAGAACUAUCGACCCUUCGCCAUACGUCUACUGGUCUUGGGUAGAGAUGAAAGCUCGGCGAAGCCUUACAUUGUCGUAUUCUGCCCAGUUUGUGUCAGCGACUUGGUCAGAAACUACUUCCGUAGAGAGACCUCCAAACGCCUCUGCCAACCUGGGAAGGCUGGCCCAGCAUCUUUCGAAGUGAUCGUUGAAGGCAACCCGAUACGACCAACGACAUCACACCAUCUCCAUCCAACCUCGGUCAAAACAGGCCAUCCGAUUAGUGGGCGUCGUAGACAUAGGAACACCCCUCUCAAGAUUGAUGGUAUCUGCGGAACUCGCUACGCUACAAUGGGUGGCUACAUCAUCGUGGUCAACAAGCAGAAGGACAUGUCAUUGUAUGGAUUGACCGCUGGCCAUAGUAUUGUUCAAGACGACUUCGAAGGAGAAGUUGAGAGCGAACAAGCAGGCGAAGAGCCUAACGCAGAGCGAAGUCUCUUUCCCGAGAUCGCACCCGCUGCCCCUUCACAGAUUCCAGAAUCAGCGAUGAGCCGAACGAUGCACAACACCAUGGUCAAUCUGGCCACAAACUCUCAGGAAGAGAUCGAGUGGUCAGGCGUUGCCAACGUCGCGCCAGCGUCUUUCUCCACGCAAGCAUGCGAUCGCGAUUGGGCUUUGUUGGCAGGAAUAGCGGAUCAAGCUGGCAGCGGGAUCCAAGAUGGCCAGAUUUUCGAAAGAUACGUCUUAGGCGAUCCUGGAAUUGGUACCGCGCUGAUAGACGACGGGAUGGAUAUCAGUCUUCAACCUCCUUUCAUCGCAAGACUAUCGCGUCUUCCAUCGUUUGCACUUUUGCCAUAUGGUAACGAUUUCGUGCGGGUUUAUACGUUUACAACGCCCAACGCUGGUACAUCUGGCCGCAAAGCACGACAGCAAAACCUGCAGUUGAAGGAGCGAACAGCAAGGUGA